AUGUUAAUUGUUGUGCUGUUACUCGGCCCUCCUCCUAGACUGCCUCGACAGAAUGCCGUGUGGAGUACCCCGCUGGUGUCCUUCCUUAAGUUGAAUAUUGACAUCGCCUUGGACCAUGAAAAUUGUAGAAUGGGGUUUGGUUGGAUUGUUAGAGACGAUGCGAGAAUUGUGAUGAGUGUGGUUAUGUUUUCUAUCCCGGGGCUAUUCUCGGUGAAGGAAGUGGAGGCGAUAGGGGCCCGAGAAGCUUUGAGUUGGAUUAAGGAUAAGGGAUGUCAACGGGUGAUCUUGGAAAGUUAUGCUCAAUGGGCAACAAAUGCUAUUGAGAAAGACGUGAAUAAGUCUCCUUUUGGGACUGUUAUACAUGAGAUAAAGUUGUUUUUGCAGCAUCUUCCUUAUGUUAAAUUUGUAUUCGUUCAGCGUAGUGGGAAUAGGCAUGCUCAUGUUCUAACAAGGCAAGCUUUAUGUACUUCUGAGGAGGAAAGCGUUGAGUGUUUUGAUUUUAUCCCUUCUUUUCUCUCAGAUUCAGUUUGUAAAGACAUUUUGGUUGAUUAA